GUAGGCGUUUUAGGUCACCACAGCCCACGCAACAGCACAUUCCGACCGAAGAAGGAAAGAAAAAGCUGAAUUUCGCACCGCGGUUGCUAAGCAGAGCGCUAUUGCUAGUCUGUCAAAAUGUGCAAAGUCAAACUUUUGAGAGCGUUGGUCAAGCAGCGACUAAAUGUGGCCGUCGAAGAGAUAUUCGGACUGUUCGAAAGAACCAUAGCCGAGUACGAGGAGGAACUUUGCCGAACAAAAGAGGAGAACGAGCGCCAACGCGAACUUCUCGACAAUGUUUUCAAGCAUCAAGGCGGAUUGCACGCACAAGACGUGCGGGAGGUGUUGGUGGAGAGUCAAGACGACGACGGCGUUCCCUCUGAGGAGGAGCCGGCGGUUCCGCGCCACAUUAAGGAGGAAGAGGAGGAGGAGGACGCGUGGGAGAGUCAAGCCCCGCACAAGGUCGGCAUGGCCACGGUCACGCUGUCCGGUGUCCUUGUGAAGAGCGAAGACGACGGCGCUCAUUCCUCGCAGCUUCGUCGCAGUCAAAGUGAGGAGAACGGCGGCGGCGCAAGCGAGAGCAUGAAAACGGAAGCCGGCGGAGACUUCUGUGAAUAUCUGCAAUCGCAAGCAAACAACUCGGCCCCGCUGUCGGAUAUGGACGACGUGAUGUCGCACUCGUCUGACACCGACAACGCCAAAGAACCUUCGGACUCCAAAGGUGACAAAAAACUGUUCAUCUGCUCCGACUGCGGCAAAACCUUCGUCAACAAAAGCGUUUUGAAAAAUCACAUGGUCACGCACACGGGAGAGAAGCGCUUCGCGUGCUCCGUUUGCAAUAAAAGAUUCUCCUUGAAGCAUCACGUGAACAGACACAUGAGGAUACACACGGGCGAGCAUCCCUAUUCCUGCUCGGUUUGCGGCAAGGGAUUCCGAGACAAGUUCGGCUUGAGAAGUCACAUGAGUAAACACACCGGCGAGAAGCCUUACUCGUGUCCAAUUUGCGCAAAAGGUCUGUCGUGUAACUCCUCGCUCAGGAUCCACAUGAGAUUGCACACCGAGGAGAAACCUUUUACCUGUCCGGUUUGCGGCAAAGGUUUCUCCGGCAGCUCGUCUUUCAGCGUCCACCUGAGACAACACACGGGGGAGAAACCCUUCGUCUGCCCCAUUUGUAGCAAAUGUUUCUCCCGUCAAGAAACGCUCACGGUACACAUUAAACGGCACACUGACAGCCAAGAGUAACUGUGGCGCGAUGCUGCCUCCCGCAGGUAGCUCGCGGUACUACCACAGCUAUAUGGUUUUGGCCGUUUCGAUAUCCUUCAUAUCCAGCUUAAGGUCCGUGGACGAGUACGCUCUUUGUCCUCACUAUUGAGACAAUUCAGCGCACUAGUAGAAAGACUGUCUUACGCAUAACAUUUGUUCAGCUACUAGUGUCACUUUUGGCCUACUAGUGCAACCUUAAGAUGGAUGGAUUUAUUCGAUAUCAAGAUUUGAUUUUGAAUAAAUGCUGAAGCAGCUUUCCCUGUCUUCGCUAUCCUUGCUAUUGAAUAAAUGCGCAAAAUCCUUCGAUAUGAAACAGUGAUUGAGAAUUUUGUCCAUUAUCCUUGAUAUCCAGGUAAAGGUCCAAUGUACUCGUGCUCUCUGUCCUCACAAUUCAAACAAUACAACACUCGAGUAGGGCGCACUAGCAGAAUAAUUGUGUCAUACUUGUAAUGUUCUUCCCACCCCCGCCACUACUAGUUCCACUUUUGGGCCUGUAUGCCAUUAGUACUUUAUGGAAAGCGGUUUGAGCAUUUAGCCGAUGUCCUUGAUUUCCAGCUUAAGGUCCAUCUACUAACAGGGCACUUGUAGAAUAACUGCGUCUACGCGUGCUAGUAGUACUACUAAUCACAUACAAUUCUACCUGUCAACAUCUAGCGCUUCACUAGUAUUACUAGUAGCACACAGAUGUCAACUAAUGCGCAGUUCUGCCUCGCUAGUAACAUGUAAUUGUCCAACUAGUAUGCCAGAGUUGUCCUACGAGAGAGCAGAAAUGUGGUACUAGUGAGAUAGUCUUUGUACUAGUGUGCUGCAUUGUCUGACUAGUGAGGACAAAAUGCAGACUAGUACCUGGGCCUUAAGAGGGUUGUCAAGGGUAUUGAAUGAAUGCUCAUAAAUGUGUGUGUGUGUGGGGGGGGGGGGGGGGGGGGG